CUGCGCAGUUCAGGGACCGGUGGAGUUCAUCACUAAUCUCUCUCCAGAGAUGUCUGCUGCACUCAGUCUGCGUCUGUUACACUGCUACUCGAAGAAAGGCGCAUUUGGACAUGCUUCUGGUGUUACGCGCACGCUUAGCAUUAGCGCGCCGAGACAAGGCUACAAGUAUGUAAAUGCCCAGGAGCAGCCAACUGACCUGAGGUCCAUCACUGACCGGGCAGCAACAACCCUCUUAUGGACCGAGCUUUUCAGAGGUUUGGCGAUGGCCAUGAGCUACCUGUUCCGUGAGCCCGCUACCAUCAACUACCCGUUUGAGAAAGGUCCGCUGUCACCACGGUUUCGUGGCGAGCACGCCCUCCGCCGGUACCCCAAUGGAGAGGAGCGCUGCAUUGCUUGUAAGCUGUGUGAAGCCGUCUGCCCUGCUCAGGCCAUUACUAUUGAAGCUGAGACUCGAGCUGAUGGCAGCAGGAGAACUACACGGUAUGAUAUCGAUAUGACCAAGUGCAUCUAUUGUGGUUUCUGUCAGGAAGCCUGUCCUGUUGACGCCAUUGUUGAGGGGCCAAACUUUGAAUAUGCUACAGAGACUCAUGAGGAGCUGCUGUACAACAAAGAGAAGCUGCUCAACAAUGGAGACCGAUGGGAGGCUGAGAUAGCAGCCAACAUACAGGCUGAUUAUCUUUACAGAUGAACUGCAUCAUCAGUAACAUUUCAGCAUAUAUAUGCAAUAAAAGAAAUAGCUACAUGGAGCCUCUCUGAGGCAAAAGUGAAUUAGGGGUAAACACUGAAGCCAUGCUGCAGAUACGCACAAAUUAUACACUGCCUGGUGAAAAAUAUUGUAUUAUUUUACUGACCUACUUUUAGCUGUGACUAUGGCUCAUAAUUUUAAUGUAUCGGUGAGCUUAUAACAAACUAUUCUCAAACAAAGUGGAAGUUUUAAGACAUUACAUGGAGGAUGGUAUUAAGUCUUAAGGACAUUUCUUGCCAGAGCUAAGUCCUGGGUGGACAUCAUUUCCACCCAUGUGUGAAAAUGAUGAUUAAUAGUCUUAAAACUGUUAUGUUAGAAUAUACCUGCCACCAGAAAAGAAAUAAUCUUUUUAUGGAAAAAAGGUCAGUUAACACAUUUGGGUGGUCAGCUUGCCUUUUUAUAACUGAUUCACACUAUUUAUGAUGGAUUCAUUAACUUAUUCACUCCUCCUCUUAAUAUAAUGCGUUCAUCACUCUGAAUCAGGGCCAGGUUGGACUCAUUAGACCACGUGAAUUUAUGCCAUUGUUUCAGAUUAUAAUCCUUCUGCUUUCUAUUAAGCUGAUGUAAGAUGUUUUCCACUGUUAACUUUAUUAAAUAUUUUUUAUUUCUUGCAGCUGUUUAGUCCAAUUAAUUGGAGCAAUACCCACUUUGCAUUCUUUACGUUUAAUUUGACUACAGUGAGUAUUUCCAAGUGCUAAUUAAUUGGUUGAUUGCAUUUAUUUAAAUAUAUAUUUAUUUAUGAAGCAUGUCACAGUUCAUCAGCAUCUUACCAGAUUUUAAUAAUGAAUUGGACAUUCCUUAUUCCAAGGAUGGCACUACUGGUAUUAACACAAGCAAGUGAUGCAGACGGUCACUUUCAAAACUUGUUUAUGGCGAGGUCUUCACUGACAGUUCAAAUCUUUUUAAAAUGGAAAAGUUAAACUCUAUAUUUGUCUUUUAUGUACAUUGCCUUUUGCUUUAAUUUUAGUCACAUACUAUACAGGAUGACAAACAUCCAGCUUAUUCAUAGCAAGUUUCAUUAAAUAUGGCUAAGUCGAUCAAGCAUUUUUGAGGAAAAGAGGGAUCUUUCUAUAUUCUUUCCUAAACAAAGAAUAUAGAAAUCAGUUGACCGCAAACAGUUAAGACAUCAGAUGUUUUCCCAACAAAACUCAUAUUAUUUUUGUUUCAUUAUAAUAUUGCAAUUAGUUUGUGAAAAAUAUAUAUUUGUUUUUACUUGUUAAAUGAUCACAGUUUCUUGUGUUUUUAACUAAAGACAGGUUGACAAUGUUGGCCCAAGUGUCAAAUAAUUUGAAUACCCCUGAUUUAAGAAGCCUCCCUUUUUACUUCUUUGAUGCAAAACAGAAGUGUGACAUUUUUGUAGUUUGUUUUCUAAUGCAAAGUUCUUACUUUUACCCCCAUUAAUACAUUAUUUUUGGCCUAGCCGUGUUGUUUUUAAUCUGUUUUAUGUGAAAUUUUGCAGUCUUUAUAGAGGAAUUACUGUGACACAGUGAUAUAUAUAUUUUGAUUGUAUAACUUAAACUUAUGUCAGUAAUUAUAAAGCAUGAAAGCUUUUUAGUCCACUUGAAUAAAGCAGAUCUUAAACCAUGACUGUUUGAAUUUAUGAUAUGAAAUGAUGCAUUGAUUUUUAGGUGUCAUUUGGUAAAUUAUAACACUUUUA